CCCGCCGUGGAGGAUGGAGCGGGGGCCGGGGCCGAGGAGGAGGAGGAAGAGGAGGAGGAGGCGGCGGCGGCCCCCGGGGAGCUGGGCUCCGACGCGCCGCUGCCCUACUGGACCGCCGUGUUCGAGUACGAGGCGGCGGGCGAGGACGAACUGACCCUGCGGCUGGGCGACGUGGUGGAGGUGCUGUCCAAGGACUCGCAGGUGUCCGGCGACGAGGGCUGGUGGACCGGGCAGCUGAACCAGCGGGUGGGCAUCUUCCCCAGCAACUACGUGACCCCGCGCAGCGCCUUCUCCAGCCGCUGCCAGCCCGGCGGCGAGGACCCCAGUUGCUACCCGCCCUUUCAGUUGUUAGAGAUUGAUUUUGCGGAGCUAACCCUGGAAGAGAUUAUUGGCAUCGGGGGCUUUGGGAAGGUCUAUCGUGCUUUCUGGAUAGGGGAUGAGGUCGCCGUGAAAGCAGCUCGCCACGACCCCGAUGAGGACAUCAGCCAGACCAUAGAGAAUGUUCGCCAGGAGGCCAAGCUCUUCGCCAUGCUGAAGCACCCCAACAUCAUUGCUCUCAGGGGGGUGUGUCUGAAGGAACCCAACCUCUGCUUGGUCAUGGAGUUCGCUCGUGGAGGACCUUUGAACAGAGUGCUAUCUGGGAAGAGGAUUCCCCCCGACAUCCUGGUUAACUGGGCCGUGCAGAUUGCCAGAGGGAUGAACUACUUACACGAUGAGGCGAUUGUCCCCAUCAUCCACCGCGACCUUAAGUCCAGCAACAUAUUGAUCCUCCAGAAGGUGGAGAAUGGAGACCUGAGCAACAAGAUUCUGAAGAUCACUGACUUCGGCCUGGCUCGGGAAUGGCACCGGACCACCAAGAUGAGCGCGGCAGGGACAUAUGCUUGGAUGGCCCCCGAAGUCAUUCGUGCCUCCAUGUUUUCCAAAGGCAGCGAUGUGUGGAGCUACGGGGUGCUGCUUUGGGAGCUACUGACUGGUGAGGUGCCCUUCCGAGGGAUCGAUGGCCUGGCAGUCGCUUAUGGAGUGGCCAUGAACAAACUCGCCCUCCCCAUCCCUUCUACGUGCCCAGAACCUUUUGCCAAACUCAUGGAAGAUUGCUGGAAUCCCGACCCCCAUUCACGACCACCCUUCACAAAUAUCCUGGACCAGCUAACUACCAUAGAGGAGUCUGGUUUCUUUGAAAUGCCCAAGGACUCCUUCCACUGCCUGCAGGAUGACUGGAAACAUGAGAUUCAGGAGAUGUUUGACCAACUCAGGGCCAAAGAAAAGGAGCUCCGCACCUGGGAGGAGGAGCUGACGCGGGCAGCGCUGCAGCAGAAGAACCAGGAGGAGCUGCUGCGACGCCGCGAGCAGGAGCUGGCCGAGCGGGAGAUCGACAUCCUGGGACGCGAGCUCAACAUCAUCAUCCACCAGCUGUGCCAGGAGAAGCCGCGGGUGAAGAAACGCAAGGGCAAGUUCCGCAAGAACCGGCUGAAGCUCAAGGACGGGAACCGCAUCAGCCUCCCUUCGGAUUUCCAGCACAAGUUCACGGUCCAGGCCUCCCCCACCAUGGAUAAAAGGAAGAGCCUCAGCAGCAGCCGUUCCAGCCCGCCUGCAAGCCCCACCAUCAUCCCUCGCCUUCGAGCCAUCCAGUGUGAGACUGUUUCCCAAAUUAGUUGGGGCCAGAAUCGGGGGCACCUGUCCCCGACUCUGUCCAGCCACCGACUGGUCCAGGCUUGCACCAUCCAUAGCUCCUGCCACUUCUCCUCGACAAUGUGUAUAUACAUGCACAUAUUGACACCAGGUGAAAGCAGCAAAACCUGGGGCCGGAGCUCAGUCAUCCCAAAGGAGGAAGGAGAGGAGGAGGAGAAGAGGGCUUCCAAGAAGAAGGGACGGACGUGGGGGCCAGGGACACUGGGUCAGAAGGAGCUUGCCUCGGGCGACGAAGGCCUCAAGUCCCUGGUAGAUGGAUACAAACAGUGGUCGUCCAGUGCCCCCAACCUGGGGAAGGGCCCUCGGAGCAGCCCGGCCCUGCCGGGGUUCACCAGCCUUACGGAGAUGGAGGAUGAGGACAGCGAAGGCCCAGGGAGUGGGGAAAGUCGUCUACAGCAUUCACCCAACCAGUCCUACCUCUGUAUCCCAUUCCCUCGUGGAGAGGAUGGGGAUGGCCCCCCCAGUGACACAGCCCACGAGGAGCCCACCCCAGUCAACUCAGCCACCAGUACCCCUCAGCUGACGCCAACCAACAGCCUCAAGCGGGGCGGCGCCCACCACCGCCGCUGUGAGGUGGCUCUGCUUGGCUGUGGGGCUGUUCUCGCAGCCACAGGCCUAGGGUUUGACCUGCUGGAAGCUGGCAAGUGCCAGCUGCCUCUCCCAGAGGAGCCUGAGCCACCAGCCCGGGAGGAGAAGAAGAGGCGCGAGGGACUUUUUCAGAGGGCCAGUCGUCCUCGACGGAGCACCAGCCCCCCAUCCCGGAAGCUCUUCAAGAAGGAAGAGCCCAUGCUGUUGCUAGGAGACCCCUCUGCCUCCCUCACACUGCUGUCUCUCUCCUCCAUCUCCGAGUGCAACUCCACACGCUCCCUGCUGCGUUCGGACAGCGAUGAGAUCGUGGUGUAUGAGAUGCCUGUCAGCCCGGUGGAGGCCCCACCCCCGACCCCUUGCACCCACAACCCCUUGGUCAACAUCCGAGUGGAGCGCUUCAAACGGGACCCUCACCAAUCUCUGACUCCAACCCACGUCACCCUCACAGCCCCCACGCAGCCCAGUGGUCACCGACGGACCCCUUCUGAGGGGGCCCUCAAGCCAGCGGCUCUCCUGGCCAGCAGGAGCCCCUCCAGCAAUGGGCUGAGCCCCAGCCCUGGAGCAGGAAUGUUGAAAACCCCCAGCCCCAGCCGAGACCCAGGUGAAUUCCCCCGUCUCCCUGACCCCAAUGUAGUUUUCCCCCCAACCCCGAGGCGCUGGAACACACAGCAGGACUCUACCUUGGAGAGACCCAAGACCCUGGAGUUCCUGCCUCGGCCGCGUCCUUCUGCCAACCGGCACCGGCUGGACCCCUGGUGGUUUGUGUCCCCCAGCCACGCCCGUAGCGCCUCCCCGGCCAACAGCUCCAGCACAGAGACACCCAGCAACCUGGACUCCUGCCUUGCUAGCAGCAGCAGCACUUUGGAGGAGCGGCCUGGGCUCCCAGCCCUGCUCCCGUUCCAGGCGGGGCCGCUGCCCCCCACCGAGCGGACGCUGUUGGACCUGGACGCAGAGGGCCAGAGUCAGGACAGCACUGUGCCACUGUGUAGAGCUGAACUGAGCGCACACAGGCCUGCCCCUUAUGAGAUCCAGCAAGAGUUCUGGUCUUAGCAUGGAAAGGCUCAGGGUGGGCGAGGGGGACGCAGGAGGAGAUGGGGGAGCUGGCUGGCACAGCCCUUUCUCAGAGUUGGACCCCUGAGAUCCAGUCCCACUUCUUGCACUGAUAAUGCACUUUGAAGACGGAAGGGAUGGAAGCAGAGCCACUUCAGAGGGUCCCUGGCCCUGCAGGGCCUUUUACCUGUGUCCACUGGAGGGGCUGUGGCUAUCAGCUCUGGCUGUAGGGGAGGGGGGUACGUGCAUGUCCCCCACCCUCCACAGUCUUCCUCGCCUUUAGGGUGACCCUGCGGCGUCACUCAGCCAAAUCUGUCUGCUGCUCCCUCUCCUCAGCCCCCUGGGUAUGCCCAGGGCCUGUCCUGGGGGCCUUCUGUUAGCCCUGAGUUCAGCCUUCCCAAGCAUCAGUAUUGGAUGUUCUGUGAUGGAUUUUAUUUCUCUUCCACAUUCUUCCCCAACACCCAUGAAUCAGAAUCUUGUUUGAUGUGAGCUUUUCUGUGUCCUAAGCCCUUCCAUGCCAGCUGGGGGGCGGGUGGACCCGGCACUACCUCCCUGCACUUCCAGGUGCCCACCUAUUUAUUUGAGCCUGCCCGUGGUCGGGGAGCUGCCUCAGUGAGAACUGGGGCGGGGAGGGUGUUAGGGAAAAUACAGUUAGCUGCAGUAAAGAGGGUAA